AUGACCUCUUGUAUUGGCAUGGCUGCUGUCAUGGCAAUCAUGGCAGCUAUGCUAGCAAUCAACACAAAAGUAUCCGGAAUAGUCGCUGCAGUAAUGCUGUUUGCAUACCAAGCUUUCUAUACCUGGGGAUUCAUGGGUGGCAUCUGGUGUUAUGGCCCAGAGAUCUUGCCUCUUGCCCACCGAUCGAAAGGAGUCGGUCUUGCCAACGCUUUCCUUUGGCUGUCGACAUUCAUCGUGAUCGAGGUGGUCCCAGUCGCGAUUGACAAUAUUGGAUGGCGGACGUAUAUCAUCUUCGCUGCCUUUAAUCUCGCAUUCGUCCCGAUGAUAUAUUUUCUCUAUCCAGAGACUGCGGGAUUCAGUUUGGAGGCAGUGGAUCUGACAUUCAUGGAUCCGCACGCUUCACCCGUGAAGAAAGCAGAUGAGCUGUGGAGGCUGAUCCGCCAGGGCCAUGAUGUAAAAUUGACAAGUCAGGUUGACGAGAAGACUGGGAAUGAACGAGCAGACCAUGUUGAGGUUGCAUGA